ACACUGCUGAUAGACGGGCCACGCGGCUUUCUACCAUUUAAAGAAUAUCCAUUUCAUUUAAAUCAGGGGUGUGUGGUAAAGGCAUGGCCUUGGUCAAUCCAUGGCCUUGCUGCUCCUGUGCGACAAGGAUCCUCCUAGCUAGAAAUCCAGGUAGUGUGCAUAUAUAUCCUUUCCAAUUCUAUGCAGGUGAAAAGACCGUUCUUCUGCCCAAGCACAAGAAAUUCAUUCUUAGAACAUCUCCAACGAAUCAACCACAAAUCAUCAGCAGCAGCAGUUCCUCGGAAGAUGCUCCUCCACCCGGAUGCAGCAGAGUCAAAGUGGAGCUAAGAAAACCUUUGGGCAUGAUCCUUGAGGAGGACUCUGCAGGCAACAUUUUCGUGGCCGAAGUUUCACCAGGAGGCAACGCAGAGAAGAGUGGCCUGGUAGAAGCAUUGAGGGAGGAGAAGACAAAAACCGACUCUAUCCGCGAAAUGGAAUCGCGUAAGAAAAAUGUCGACAAGGAGGUCAAAAGCUUACAGGACGAGAUCGCGAAGCGGAAGCUGCAGCUACAGGAUAAAGACAAAGAUUUCAAAUGGCUAGAAACACGGUUACAAGCUGUAGUGAAGACGAACAGGCUCCUACAGGGAAUCGUAGCCAAGCAGGCGGCCUUCAGGAAAAGGGUAAGCGAGGACGGGAAUGAAGACACGGAGUGCGACGUUCAAAAGUGUUUAGAGGUGUCUGCCGAGCAGCUCAACCAAAUGAGCGAGCGACUGGAAUUGAUGAAAGACAAGUUGCUGGAGCGUGAAUCAGAGCUUUUGCAGCGCGUACGGAGUGCGGGAAAAAGGAUGUGACGAUUCAGGGGCUGGAGCAAAACAUGUCCGAGGCCAGAAAGACGCUCGAGACACGGAUCCAACGACUGACGGGUAGAAAUGAAGAGCUGUUCAGGCUGUACAAUGCAAAGGAGAAGGAGAUUGUGGACCUUCAAACGAGGCUCAAACAAGAAUCGGAGCUUUGCCAGAAAAG